AUGCAAAAGUCAGAGCGUUCGUCCCCUAUUGACGAACCUCCACAUGAUAAAACGAGCAAUGGAAAGGUGGAGGGAUCUAUGCGUGCCAAAGAGCCCUUCCCAGUAGUGAGAAUUGAAGAGUUUUCUGAGGGGAACGAUGACACACCAAGCAAACCACGGAAAAGAAGCCCGCGGAGGUCAGCAAGAUCCGUAACACCACAACCCUCUGGAUCUAGUAGCGGAAACAGCUUGACUAGACGUAGGCGUUCAAGCAGCAGAACAUCAAGUAAGAACUUGCGGAGCACAACUGAUAUAUCUCCUGCAUCCAUGAUUUUUCGAAACUUACUAAUAUUAGAGGACGACUUAAGACGUCAAGCCCGCGAGCAGAAGGCUUUGAAGUGGUAUUUCACUUUAUUCCUGUCGGCUCUAACCGGUAUUGCAGCUUCAGCUUUUUACGAACUAUACUUUUCACAAGAUGAGGUCAAAGGCUUAUACAAGGUUGUACUCCAGUUUUUACUUCUAUUUAUCAUGAUCACAGUCGUACUAUUCCAUUUGAGUGGAGAGUAUAAGCGAACUAUUGUCAUCCCUCGAAAGUUCUUCACAUCAACCAACAAGGGAAUUCGCCAAUUCAAUGUGAAGCUCGUGAAGGUGAAAAGCACAUUUUCGGACCGCGUGAUUGACUUGGUACGAUGUGUAUGCCGCAAUGCGGCGUAUGCUAACCUAAGAGUUCUUCGCAAGGUCUUACCAGAUAGUCUUAUAGUUCGAAGCGGCAUUGGGAAGUUUUGGACAUCUGUUGCCCUGCGUUCCCAACCACGAAUUGGUGCAGUAGAUGUGAAGCUCGUUCUAAAUCCACGCGCUUUUGGUGCAGAGAUCAGAGAAGGAUGGGAGAUCUAUAGAGACGAAUUCUGGGCCCGGGAGGGUGCUCGCAGAAGAAAACAUGUUAAUGAAAUGAGUCCAAAAAGCGCAUGA